GUACUUGUUAUUUUGGUUUCACUCGCGCCAUGAAAAUGUGACAAGUCGGGAAUAUUAUAUUGUAAAUGUGCAAUUUAUCUGGAUCAGGUUUCCAUAAUUGAGGAUAAUUUGAGAGACAUCAAUAGUUUCUUGAUCUGGGUCACCUAGGGGCUUGAUCAUGUCCUCUCAGGCCCCUACAUCAGCGGACGCCUGUCUGAGUAUCGUCCACAGCCUCAUGUGUCACAGACAGGGAGGGGAGAGCGAGAGUUUUGGAAAGCGAGCUAUCGAGAGUCUGGUGAAGAAACUGAAGGAAAAGAGAGAUGAAUUAGACAGUUUGAUCACAGCCAUUACAACCAAUGGAGCCCACCCUACCAAGUGUGUCACCAUACAGAGAACAUUAGACGGCAGGCUACAGGUUGCUGGAAGAAAGGGAUUUCCUCAUGUGAUAUACGCCCGUAUUUGGAGAUGGCCGGACCUCCACAAGAACGAGUUAAAGCAUGCUAAAUACUGUCAGUACGCAUUUGACCUGAAGCAGGACAGUGUGUGUGUAAACCCUUACCACUAUGAGAGAGUUGUCUCCCCUGGUAUAGAUUUAUCUGGCUUGACAAUACAGCAUGCACUGCCGAUUAUUACAGCGCCCCCUAGCAGACUUGUGAAGGAUGAGUACCAAGGAGGAAACCAUCACCCGGCCAUAGAGGCAGGCGACAGCUGUCAGACCAUACAACACCCCCCUCAGGACAGCUUCACCAGCCGCGGACUCCCGUCGUCGGCCCUCGGUCAGGGUUCACCGAGCCCACAGUCCACUGGGCAGCACCAGCCUCACCAUCAGACAGUUCCUCAGCACUCUAACACGAUAGUGGGGCGAGGUGGCCCCUCCCAGGGGGCAGGGCCUGCAGGGUCGGUCCCUGUCCCCCUCCAGCACACUCCCCUGUCCCCCCAGGCUCUCUCGCCUCAACCCUCAGCUUCCAGUGGUAUUGGGUUGUCCUCUCCACUUGGUGAAAACUACCCACAAAUACCUCACUCUAGCCAGGCCAACCUGAGCCCGUUUCCUAGAAACUCUUCCAGUGCUACCUGGGCCGGGAGCAGUACGGCUACCUACACACAGACACAGGACCCACAGUUCUGGAACAACAAUCAUUUACAGACAUCAGACAAUAUACCUCUUCCUCCGUUAACCAAUCAACAACCCCCCGAAUUUUGGUGUACCAUUACAUAUUUUGAGCUGGACCAACAGGUGGGGGAAACCUUCAAGGUGCCAUAUAGCUGCUCCACAGUGACCGUCGACGGCUACACUGACCCUUCCAGUCUUGACCGCUUCUGUCUCGGUCAGUUAUCAAAUGUUCACCGAACAGAGGCCAGUGAAAGGGCAAGAUUACAUAUAGGUAAGGGUGUACAGUUGGACUACCGAGGGGAGGGUGACGUCUGGAUACGCUGUGUCAGCGACCACAGCGUCUUCGUCCAGAGUUACUACCUCGACCGUGAGGCUGGGCGUGCUCCCGGUGAUGCUGUUCAUAAAAUAUACCCAAGCGCAUACAUAAAGGUAUUCGACAUUCGACAAUGCCAUCGACAGAUGCAGCAACAAGCCGCCACGGCACAAGCUGCCGCUGCCGCCCAAGCUGCGGCUGUGGCAGGAAAUGUCCCCGGGCCGGCCUCUGUGGGGGGUAUAGCUCCUGCCGUAGGUCUUAGUGCGGCAGCCGGAAUUGGUGUUGACGACCUGCGACGUCUUUGUAUCCUGCGCCUGAGCUUUGUUAAGGGCUGGGGACCAGACUACCCCCGUCACAGUAUUAAGGAGACUCCAUGUUGGAUAGAGGUUCAGCUCCACCGCCCUCUACAGCUCCUGGACGAAGUACUACAGACCAUGCCACUCAGCAGCGAAGUACGGCCACGCGGCUUCUUCCUAGGCUAGACAUUCGUCAUGGACAUGAUUUAUCACAUUGCCACCAAAAUUGUUUACAAACCUACCAGUGUUAGACUUUGCAUGGAUUAUCUCCACUGCUCCAGCAUAAGAGACACGUAUUAUUAGUCUUACUGCCAUGAUUCGCAAUGAAAUGCUUGUUAAGUUUGUUUUGGAAAACUUUCCAACUUAUGAGUGUUCAACCCUUGUGUGGACAAGUGGACGCCCCUGUCUCAAGGGCAGGACAAAUCUAAUUCCAAAGGAUAAGAUUCUUGGAAACCCAACAAAAGGCUUGCCAAAUAUUUGGCUUUCGAAAAUCUUAAUCCAAGGGUUUGUGUUUUUUACGUCGUUCACACCCCUUAAGAAGGGUGUUUUGGCAGAAAAAUAAUGCUUUUUAUGCCAAAUACCCAGCUAAAAAUGACAUCAUCUUAUUAUAAAAAGUGACAUAAUUCAUUUGUUUUCAUUUUGAUGUCACAUGCUCAUUAUACCCUAGGGGUUGACACAGAAAUUACUCACGGCUAAAGUGUGAGCCCAAUCUCUGAAAGGUGGGAUAUUGAAUAUUCUUGUGUGAAAAAGAUAUCAUUUUACAGGGAGUAUACUGCCAUUAUUUGCUAAUGAAUUGUUGACAAAGUUUCAUUUGAGAAACUUUCUAUUAAUAUAAUGAAUUUGGUGAAUUAGAUAGAUUUUUACCUUUAAUUAAUUAACUAGGAAACAUUUUUACAAAGACGUAAUUGUAGGUAUUACUUGUGCUACGUUGAGCGUAGAACAUUGUGACGCUGAAGGGUAAUUUGUUAGGUUCCUGUACAGCCUACAGAGUUGAUCUAGGUUCCUGUACAGCCUACAGAGUUGAUCUGCGUCAAGUCAGCUCUUUCAGUACAGCUGUAGAAAGUCAACAAAUCUCUGGGCCCUUGAAAAUUGAAUUUCCAGAAAUUAAGCAGCAUUAACUCAUUCAUCCCUGAAGACACAUUUGAACUCCUCCAAUUCAAAGGUUGGAAUAGUUCAUUAUGAAAUUUCAGGGGUUAAUAGAUGUUCGUGGAAAUACGGCCUGGUCUUCAUCAAUGAGAGAGCAUGUUUUAAUUUAAUAAUUUUUGGGGCCCAUGCUAAAAACAAUUUCAUGUCAACUCUGAUUCUAUGCUCAUGGCUGAUUUCUUGUUUAGGUAAUCAAAUAAUCAAAAUUUACAUUUUUUAAAUGAAGCAGGUUAUCAUUUGCAAUGUCUAGACUUGACUUUAUGACCUUGUUACAUGAUUUUAGCAAGAUACAAGAAAGUUGGGUUGAGCACAGAAUCCAUGUUUAACAUGAGCACAGUUUCGUGAAUAUGGAACCUGAUGUCCACCAGAGCAUUAGUCAACAGUAGUGACAAGAUAGGUUACUGAAAUGUUUGUGUGUAAUUCACUCUGACAGUGAGUUUAUGUUUGUUAUGGAGUAAACGUGUCACAUCGGUUGUUAAUUGUGAAGUACUUACAAUCAUGUCGGCCCGUAACUACGGUUACCGACACACUUUGUCAAAUUAUGAUGUUUACUCUUGGUGCAUAUAUCAUUCUUGUUUAAUUGGUUGUUGAAAUACUUAUGUAAACUGAAUGUACGUUUGUUCUCUGCUGUGUGUGAAUAAACCGGUGCCCCAUAAUUGUACAUAUUGUACUAUCACUUCACUGUCACCAUGACGAUAAACAAAUAAGCCAUGACUACCCAUGCAUAGAAACCAUGGUUACAUCAUUAUGAAAUGUCAUUAUCAGGAGAUUUUGUUUAAGGAGUUAGGGGGAAAAAACCCGAUGUGAACGAUUCUCUUUAACUCAUUCACCCCUGAAAUUUCAUCCUGAACUAUUCCAACAUUUGAAUAGGAAGAGUUCAAAUGUGUCUGCAGGAUUGAAUGUGUUAACUAGCGUGUGAACAAAUAGCAACAAAUCAGGAGAGUAAUUAACAUAAGUUAACAGAAUUUGUUUCAUAAUUGUUGUAAAAUAAAUGAUUAAUUAUUCAAAAAACCCAGAUCAUGUGAAUUAUUCGAAUAACACAGAUGAAAGAUAAGUUGCAGGUUAAACUUGCUAUAUGAUAGGAAGUACGAAUUAUAUUUAGCAGAUGUUUUUAAAAUAGGGAUGCAGAAUAGAAAAACUUUAUAGUGUUUGUCUAAAACUAUCAUAAUAGCUUAAAAAGGGACAGUCUUUACAAAUGAAAUUUUUAUUUGACAAAUGAUAAGCAGAGGUGUCUGGAUCUUGGGAUUUAACUGUAGAGAUGAGUGGAAUUGGGUAAAAACUACUGUUAGGAACUCCAUAUUUUGAAUAUCCUUUGAAAAUGUUGGAAUCUCAAAAAAAUACCACCCCACAUCAGAACUACCCCUUGAAGUGACCCAAUGCAGAUUUUAUUGACGAUAACAUGACUGGUUUUCUGGACUUCAGACACAGGGGCUUACAGAAUGUACAGAGUGACAGAGUUACAGAAUUAAUUUGUUAUAUACUGGUAAGUGAGCUUUAUACUCACUGAGGCUGUGGUAAGGGGAAUCAUGAAAUGGUUUCAUAUGAAGAGAACAUUUUUAAAUAUCAAAUCUUGAUGUUUCAAGUAAAAGUUGGUGCGUAAAUGUAUCAAUUAUCAUCAUUAUGCGACACAUUUGUUAAUUUUUAAAACUCGUUGAGUUUCCUGUGUUAUUUCAUCAAUGUGGUUUACAUGUUAAUUGUAUUUGUGCAGUCCGUAAAAUUUUGGUCUACAUUAUAUUCAUGAGCAUGCAUAAUCCAUUAAUAAUUUGAGUGUGACUGUAGUACUGUAUGGGGGGAAAUUUUCGCAGCAGUUUAAUUUUCGCCUUUUUUUACCCUCCGUAAUGAGGGCGUAUUUAUCAUUACAGCCAACAUUUGAUUUCAUGGACGAAGGGCGAAAGUUCGACUGGGCGAAAAUUUCCCGAUAUACUGUAUCUUUAUACCAAGAUCUGCUUGUAUCUAGCUUCCUAGCUUAUUGAUACAAAGUGAACUGUUCAAAUAAUACCAAAUGUUCAAUUUCAUUUAAACCAACUAUUCAAAUACAAAUGAUAAGAUCAGUUAAAUUCCAGGGAUACUUUCAGUGAAAUGUUCAAAUUGAAACGAUGUUUGUAUCAAAUUAUACGAAAGUCAAAUAUUUGAAUUCAAACAAUUCAUUGAGUCAGAUCUUCCGUUCUUUAUACAUGAUGGUAGAUGUAGGAAUAAGGUUAUAUAACAGUGUGUUAAAAUCAGUAUUUUAACAAUUGAAGUAUAUAUAUUGUUUUGGUAAAAAUGUCGGUUAAAAGUUUGGUUAAGUUCAGAAAGUAACCACAUUAACAUGUGCUGUAAGGACACUUGUGUUAUUCAGGGUUUACAGUACAUGGUAGAGUGGUGAUUUUGAUAAAAAAAUCUCCCAAUUCAAAAUGUACCAGGUAGUUUCGAAGUAUCUAAUUGAACCUAAACGUGUCCUCUAAGAGUCCCAGUACUACUACCAAAAACAGUAACAAAGGUUUUCCAGGCAUGACUAUAUCUUUUGUAAAUCUUUUCUGAAAAGAAAACCAUACCUUGCGAGACUUUGAAGAGAAAUAAUAAAGAUAAAAUAAAUAAAUAUUAUC